AGAUCAGGAAUAUCUUCUCAGGACUGACUGCAGACAAGGCCUACAAGCAGGAGAACUAAGUGAUGAAUGCAGCCAGAGGAAGAAGCGUUCUAAGUGAAAGCGAGGUAGGAGAGGCAAGAGGGGUGGGUUACACAUAAAACUAAAGGGAAGGGCUAGCAGCCCACCCCUUCCCAGUCUUUGGCUUUCCAAUAUUCGAUCUCUUGAGAACAAAAUGGAUGACCUCAAAGCUAGGAUUAUGGCCCAACGAGAAAUGAGAAACUGCUGUGCACUGAUUUUUACUGAAACUUGGUUAUUGGAUAAUACUCCCAAUUCAGAUGUCCGGUUGCAUACUCACUGUAUCCACAAUGGGGACCAUACAGCGGCAUCAGGCAUUUGACAGAACUAUUGCCAAGGAUGAACAUCUGGCCAUCGGCUUCUUCCAAAGAGGGGUGGCUCAUCUGCAAGCAAAAAAGUAUGAAGAAGCUCUCUCUGACUGCCGCCUAGCACUGGUUCACCUGAGAGGCAACAUUAUUAUUGACUACGGACAGCUGGGACUUGCUCAUAAACUCUAUGCCUGGGAGGCCUUGUAUAACCGAGCAACAGUGCAGUGUCAUCUGGGACUCUGGACAGAGGCUACUGAAUCCCUUCAGGAGGCAAUCAAAGUAAGGGCUGAUACAAGGCCCAGAUGUCUUGAUGGUGUGCUUGAAAAGGUGAAGAACCACAUUCUUUUGGAACCAUUGCAACUUCCUGAGGGCAGGGUUUUCCGACCACGUAAACAGGAAGUGGAGCAAUUGAAACAGAUGGAUUUUCUUGGCAAAUCCUGGGUGGUUUCUAGUGUCCUUCCAGAUGAUGACUUUGUGGGAUUUGAACCUCUCAGACAUCAGACACCAGGAUUUUAUGAACCGAGAGCUGAUGGUGUACAAGGCAGAGAAUCCGGGUACUACACUGUUCUUUAUAACUACUUUCCUAAAAACAGCAGUGAGUUGCAAGUCCUUGCUGGUGGUAUCGUCUAUGUUCUUGAUAAAGGAGAAGAUGGCUGGGCCAUUGUUAUACAUGACGGACAGAAGGGAUUGCUUCCAUCAUCACAUCUGGAUACUAAGAAGCAUAUCAAAGUGGAUAAUCUGAAACCUCAAGCACUUAUUAAUGGGAUUCCUCUACCUCCAAAAAUCGUUCCUCCCAGUAGACCUAAUACUAAACUAAACAAAAAGCUGUCACACCCAAGCACAGAGCGGGAAGACCCUUUAGAAUCUUGUGAUCCUUCUGUAAUGGAAAAGAGAACCCUGUUUGCUUCAGAAGGGUCACUAUCAAGUUCUGAAGACUUAGUGACAGUAAAAAUCCAUUACACUUUCACAGUAGCAGUGAGGGUGAACCCAAAUAUUUCCGUGGCUGACUUACAGAAUUUAAUUAAUUACAAAUUUAAAGAUCAUAGAGGGCAACUACAGAUCAGUUUCAAAGAUGCAGAAAGCAAUGACCUGGUACCAGUAACUAAAGAGGAUGACUUGAAGAGAGCCUGGCAACAGACAAGGAAUACACGUCUGACACUGUGGUGCAAGAACAUUGAAGCUGCUGCUGGGUGGCCCACUUUGUACCAGAUGACUGCAGUCCAUGGCUACACAGCACAAGGACCGGAAGACCUAGAGUUCAAUCAGGGUGAUACAGUAGAUAUUAUAUCUGAAGUGAAUGAGGAAUGGUUAGAGGGAUAUUGCAAAGGGAACAUUGGAAUCUUUCCGAAGUGUUUCGCUAUUAGAACCAAUGAUACACAUACGGUAAAAGAAAAAAAUACAACAGAAACAAACUCAUAGCUGGCUAUGAAGAUGUGUUUUCCUUCACCUGAAAUAAAACACUAAUGCAUGAAUAUUCACAUAUGCUUGAGGAAACAAAUAUUUUAUCUAUGUGUUUUGUACAGAAAGUUGUUUCCUAAUAUGUCUCCAACAAAAUGUUGUGGUUGAAUCUGCAGUAGAAUUGGGAGGACAUGAUUAAACAGACUUUCUAUUUCCAGUGACUGAAGGACAAACAAUAAUUCAUCAAGGAGGAAAAUGUCACCACUGAUACACUUUGCCAUGUCAGGGAUGGAGACAUCCUAUGAUUUGGAUACAAAAUAUGUGAGAACAAUGUAUGUGCAUUUAUGGAAAUACAUGUAAUUAUCAGAAACACAUUCACACGUUCAAAUUCAGUCUGGAAGACCAGGCAUAUUCUUUAGGUUUUCAGUGAUGCUCUAUGAAGGAUUUUCCUUCCCUGGUGCUAUUCUAUUAUUUUUUUCCUAGAAGUAGUACCUCUAGUUGGAAAUUAUACUUUUUUUGCACUCUGUUGUCUGAAAAUUAGAAAAGAAGGCCUCAUCUCUUACAGUUAGGAAUUAGGAGUUUUUAUAAUAUGAGGAUUUGUGAUACUAGGCUUUGCCAGGAAUUCAGUAAACACUAAAAUGCAACUGUAGUUUGUUAACUGACUUCAUGUUUGCAUGAUUGCUUUGUUGUAUGGCAUUAUAAAGUUUAUCAAAAGAGUGUUUAUCAGGACGGAUUUGGGACCCAAAAUGUACAUAAAAAUGUAAUUUAAAUAUAUGCACACACACACAAACGCAGACACACACACAUACCUCCUCUCUCUCUAUCUCUCUCGAACACACAUACUCACCAUUUAUGAAUGUGAUUGUUAUGGUUAGAACACUUGUUAGCAUGCAAAAUCAUUACAUGUUACCAUGCCCAUAUCUGUGUAUAUGUGUAAAAAUUGUGAAAAAUGAUUGAUUGCUUUGCCAGGUACAGGGUGCAAAUAGAUAAUGGAACUGCGACAAAAUGUCACUAUUGUGUUUCCUGAAGUCCAUGCUCUUCUGGAAGAUGAUUGCAGUCCUUUCCUGUCCCUGGAGGGCCAAUGAACGUGGUUCUUUUUCCACAACAACUCCUCCCUCUCCAGAACUUUUCCUUUCUUGUCUUCCACUCUGCUGUUUGAAAAUCAGAAUAGAUGGCCUCAUCUGUUGGACUUAUGUUUUAGGAGUUUUAUGAUAUGAGUAUUUAUGAUACCAGACU